AUGAAGUUCUUCACGUUCCUCGUCGCCACGAUGACCGUUCUCGGCGCUGUCGCUGGUGCUGACCAUCCUACCGUCAAAACGCCAACUGAAGCUCUUGAACAAGUGCAAGCGUCCGCAUUACCCGAUGGUGUCACGCUCACGGGUGAAACGGAGAAGAUCGACCCUCCUGCUAAUGCCGCGGCGAUUAUCAAGAAGGAAGCCCACGACGACAAGGACGACAACGACAAGGACGACAACGACAAGAACGACGAUAAGGAACACUUGGGAUGGGGACUCGGUGGAGGUUUCGGCGGUUGGGGACUCGGUGGCUGGGGCGGCUGGGGAGGUUGGGGUGGCUUUGGACCCUACCGCUUCGGAUUCAUGUGCGGUGGCGUCCCUGGCUGGGCCUAUCCGCUGGGCUACUGGAACAUGUUUGGUGCGGGUCUGUACGGCGGCGGGUGUGGUCUUGGCAUUCCUUCCGGCGGUCUCUACUACUGCUAA